AUUGAGCAGCCGUGCUGACCAUGAGUGAGCAGAGUCACGUCAACAGCCUGUUCCUCAACGAGGACGCAGCCAAGCGGCUCAAUGCCGAGAGCCGGGUGCAGCGCUUCCGGCAGGCGGUGCAGAAGCGGGCAGCGCGGGCCAAGAAGCGGAUGCACAGCAUCACUGCCGACAGCGCUAAAAGCUUCUUCAGGAGAAAUGCCUUCGUCCUCUUCACCAUUGCCGCAGUCUUACUAGGGAUCAUCCUGGCGUUCUCCCUCCGGCCCUACCAGCUGACCUAUCGCCAGAUCAAGUAUUUCUCCUUCCCCGGCGAGCUGCUGAUGCGUAUGCUCCAGAUGUUGGUUCUUCCUCUCAUUGUCUCUAGCUUGAUUACAGGAAUGGCCUCGCUGGAUGGCAGAGCCUCAGGGAAGAUGGGGAUGCGGGCUGUUGUCUACUACAUGGUGACCACGAUCAUAGCAGUCUUCAUUGGCAUCCUCAUGGUGAUCAUCAUCCACCCAGGAAAAGGAUCUAAGGACAAGCUUCACCGAGAAGGCAGAAUUGAGCAGGUGCAGACCACAGAUGCCUUCAUGGACUUGGUGAGGAAUAUGUUCCCGCCCAACCUGGUAGAAGCCUGCUUCAAACAGUACAAGACACAGUACAGCACCAGGGUCUUCACCAGAACUGUCCUCCACAGCAGCAAUGUCACAGCAGGUGUGACAACCACUCAGAUCCCUGUGCCUGAGAACUUCACUGGCAUCCUGGAGAACGUCACUCAUGCCCUGGGGACCGUCUCCGAGGUGCUGACCUUUGAAGAAGUCAUUCCCAUCCCGGGCUCAGCCAAUGGGGUGAACGCGCUGGGGCUGGUAGUGUUCUCCAUGUGCUUCGGUUUGGUGAUCGGCAGCAUGAAGCAGAAGGGACGGGCCCUGCGGGAGUUCUUUAACUGCCUCAACGAAGCCAUCAUGAGGCUGGUGGCCAUUAUCAUCUGGUAUGCUCCAAUUGGAAUCAUGUUUUUAAUUGCUGGCAAAAUCCUGGAGAUGGAUGAUCUAGCAGUGAUGGGAGGCCAGCUGGGGAUGUACACGCUCACUGUCAUCGUUGGACUCCUCAUUCAUGCCCUCUGCAUCCUGCCACUGCUCUACUUCAUCGUCACUCACAGAAACCCCUGGGUAUUCAUUGCAGGGCUUCUGCAGGCCCUCAUCACAGCCCUGGGCACCUCCUCAAGCUCAGCAACUCUGCCCAUCACCUUCAGGUGCCUGGAAGAAAACAAUGGUGUGGACAGGCGCAUCACAAGGUUUGUUCUGCCUGUGGGAGCUACAAUUAACAUGGACGGCACUGCUCUGUACGAGGCCCUUGCAGCCAUCUUCAUUGCACAAGUCAACAACUAUGAACUUGACUUCGGGCAGAUCAUCACAAUAAGCAUCACUGCCACAGCAGCCAGCAUUGGAGCCGCAGGUAUUCCCCAGGCAGGACUGGUGACAAUGGUUAUAGUGUUGACAUCAGUGGGGCUGCCGACUGAAGACAUUACGCUGAUCAUCGCUGUGGACUGGUUUCUGGACCGCCUUAGAACAACCACCAACGUCCUGGGGGAUUCUCUGGGGGCUGGCAUUGUGGAGCAUCUCUCCCGGCAUGAGCUGGAUGCGCAGGACUGCGAACUUGGUAAUUCUGUGAUAGAGGAGAAAGAGCAGCUCUCCCACCUGGUUUGUCCACUAAACGACACCCACAGGCACCCCAGGAGUGAGACAGCACUGUGAAAUCGGGCAGCAGAGUGCAGAUUAAUGCUGUAAAAAGCCAAGACUUGAAACAGAAGUCCAUAGUGGAGGACAGAGAAAGAUCCACUCUCCAAGAUGCACACUUUUCUCCCCCCUUUGCCACAUGCAGUCUUCCCUGAUCCCGUUUCUCCCCCAUCUUUUUCUGACUGGCAUUAAA